UUCGCUCUAUAUAUUAGCGAUCGCCGCCCCUCCACGCCUCCACACCAAGCGUUUGUUCGAUUAGAGCGGCGGUCCAAUUGCAUUUUGCGGUGCGGCUCUCAGAGAGAGAGAGAGGGGAAAGAAAUACAGAGACGCAGACGAUCUUUGGAAGAAGUAUCAUCGUGAAAUCGAUCUAUGCAAACGGGGAAAAACGCAGCGGCGAUCGUGGGAAUCAGGAGACGGUUAAUCGUAGGAGGUGCACCUGAUUAUGAGCUGGUUUGAUAAGUUGCGCUGCUCUUCUAAUCUCAGCCGCGUCAUUGCCGGCCUUCUCAUAUUCAUCCUUUUUCAUUCCUUUCAAUUAGUCUCCAAUUUCUUGCUUCCUAUACACCCGUAAACUCCACCACCACCAAAACGUAAUUCUUAGUUUUUUGUGAGUCCGAAACUCAAAAUUUCGCGGAUCGUAUCGAAUUCAACACAUCGGUUUUGUCGGCUCGCUGCACGGAAAUUUUCAUGGAUAUCAAAGAUGAUGAUUCCAGCUCAAAUACAAAUUUCUUCAAUGGUACAUUUACCUCCCACAUUGGCAGGCAAUAUAAUUCUUCUCCAUCUGUAAUUGUAAUUGGUGGAGGUAUUUCAGGCUUAGCGGCUGCACGUGUCCUCCAGAAUGCAUCUUUCAAGGUGAUAUUGCUGGAAUCAAGAGAUAGAAUUGGUGGGCGUAUUCAAACUGACUACUCCUUUGGUUGCCCUGUUGACAUGGGAGCAUCAUGGCUACAUGGUGUUUGCAAUGAGAAUCCUUUGGCUCCAAUGAUAAGGCGCUUGGGCCUCAACUUAUAUCGUACUAGUGGUGACAACUCUGUACUGUAUGACCAUGAUCUUGAGAGUUUUAUGCUCUUUGGUAUUGAUGGCAAGCAAGUUCCUCAACGGACAGUUGUUGAAGUUGGAGAUGCAUUUAGAAAAAUUCUCAAAGAGACUGAGAAAGUGAGGGAUGAACAUAGUCAAGACAUGUCAGUUCAGCAAGCAAUAUCAAUCGUACUGGGCAGAUAUCCAGAACUGAGGCAAUAUGGACUUGCCGACGAAGUGCUGCAGUGGUACAUAUGCAGAAUGGAAGCAUGGUUUGCUGCAGAUGCAAACUCAAUAUCUCUGAAGACUUGGGAUCAGGAGAAUGUACUUUCUGGUGGUCAUGGACUAAUGGUUCAAGGUUAUUACCCUGUAAUACAGGCUUUGGCUAAAGACAUUGAUAUCCGUUUGAAUCACAGGGUUUUAAGGAUUAUGAAUGGGUAUAAUAAGGUAAUGGUAUCAGUUGAGGGUGGGAGAAAUUUCAUAGCAGAUGCUGCUAUUGUAACUGUACCCCUCGGGGUCCUCAAAGCAAAUUUGAUUGAUUUUGAGCCAAAACUGCCUGAAUGGAAGGUUUCUGCAAUAAGGGAUCUUGGUAUGGGCAAUGAAAAUAAAAUUGCUCUGCGGUUUGACACUGUCUUUUGGCCAAAUGUGGAAUUGUUAGGUGUAGUUGCACCCACUUCUUAUGCCUGCGGUUAUUUUCUCAAUCUUCACAAGGCAACAGGACAUCCUGUCCUUGUGUAUAUGGCUGCUGGAAGCCUAGCCUAUGACCUUGAGAAGCUAUCAGAUGAGGGUGCAGUGAAGUUUGCAAUGUUGCAUCUGAAGAAGAUGUUUCCCAAUGCAACUGAACCUGUCCAGUAUCUUGUUUCACGCUGGGGAACAGAUCCCGAUUCCCUCGGAUGUUAUUCAUAUGAUGUAGUUGGUAAGCCAACAGAUGUAUACGACAGGCUCCGAGCUCCCUUAGGAAAUCUUUUCUUUGGAGGUGAAGCUGUUAGCAUGGAGCAUCAAGGAUCUGUUCACGGUGCCUAUUCAGCCGGACUCAUGGCUGCAGAUAACUGUCGCCGCCAUCUUAUCAAGAGACUUGGAAGUCUGGAAAUGAUGCAGGUGGUCUCAUCCAGGGAAGAAAUUCUUGAAAAUGCAGUUCCUCUCCAGAUCUCUAGGAUGUGAGAUGGUUUCUAUAAUUCUAUUUAUCUUAUCUAUCUAUUAAAUAAUAAAAGUAUUGCUGUAGUAUUUUAGUUUGGGGUCUCUAAACAUUUACUUCAAGAUGUUGCCUGGAAUUCCAUAUAUCAUAGCUGUUUGCAAUAUAAACUCCCUUAGCUUUUUCUAUCCUUAAUAUAUGGUCUUCCUUUCUUGAUCCA